AUGUCCCAAGUUGGCUUUACCUUCCAGGGGGACGUCUUCACAGGCGGCAGCCUUGUCAUGAACACCACCGGUCGUUUACUGAAGGCCCUUUCAGAUGGCAACGUCGAUGUUCUGGCGGUGGCUGCAUCGUUGCAGCUUGGAAAGUCCAUUCCAAUCACUCGUACUCAAGAAACGAUCGUUGCGCGCUCGAUGCAGAAACGCAGUGUUACUCGGUCGGGAAUCUUCGCCAAAGCCUUGAGCGUUGGAUGGGGUCAUGCUGAUGUUGCAUACGAGCUAUCCAAGACUCGAGCUGGGUGUGCCACCCUCUUACUCCUGAAUGCUCUCUCGGCGGGCGUAUCCACUUUUAAAGCCAGUGAAGGACUCCAGGAACUAUUAGUCUACUAUGGGUGCACAACUGACACUUUGCCAACCGUGGAUUCGUUGAACACGGUCGUGAAAUACGUGGCACCCAUUAUGAUAGAUAGUGGGUUCCAUGCAAUCAUGGAAAAUAUACAUAUCGCGAUUACUGUCGAGAUGAAGAAAACAUUCAGUCUGCAGGAGUUUCAAAAAUGGCAACCAGAGAUCAUGCAGGAUUCAGUGGGUAUGAAGGAAUGGGUAGAUUCUGUUCGUCAAUUAUGCUGGUCUGCCAGUCGCAAUGAAUCUCUCCAUAUUCGGAUCAAUGGUCGAGUUGCCUGGCUAGCAACAUUUGCUGUUCAGAUACUGGGCAUGGGCUGCACAGUCAUCUGCGGUGCUACGGCCUUAUGGGAGACCGCUGGUAGGAGUGGAAAAUUGGUCGUUCAUUUUGGGCCAUCUGACAUAUCGUCAAACACGGAGUCGUUGGCAAGUGCUCUUCGUUUCUCCCUUGAACCGAGGGAUGAUGCGGGGAAAUUGCAAAGAAGCAUCCAAGGAAGAUAUCUACUGAAGGAUGCAAUCCGCCCUGAGAUCGAAAAGUCUGCCAAAGUUACACCAUCAUUUUACCCCACAUUCUGCCUUUGCUUUGUGAGAUAUUUUGCGCGCGUGUUUGUAUGCGCUUCCGAGCGCCACCAAUUUCUCUCAAUCGUCAGUGAAGAUCAACGGCCCAAGGCAAUUGCGAGGGUCUUGGGAUACCUUGGUGUCAAGUUGACUACACAAUUAGAGGCCGCAAUGCUAGAGUCACUGUCAUCGAGCAAAGCACAAGAGGAUUUGCGCGAUUUUCAAUGCUUCAAUGACCUCCUUGGAGAUGUCAAACACUUCGCAGCGGAUUUAAUGGAGGCCGUGAUCAUGCUCGCCAUGUCGCUCAUUUCCUGUCACAUCUCAGUCGACGAUUUCAGCGUGCCUACUCUGCAAUUAGACCGGAUUGACGAAAUCCACAAGGAAGGCCGGGACGGUGGUCGGAGGCGUCUACGUUUCUCAAACAAUCCUUGGCCAAAUAUAAGUCUGCCGCAGAUUUGGGCAACUCUCUGUGAUCUUUGCUUUUUCGGUGAAUACCCUAGAAGGAAGCAUGAUUCGCGGAGCGUCGCCAAAUCCGCCGACGGCAUUACCCUAUCCAUCCGAAUGUUGUUUGAAGAUGAAGCAUUCACUCGCGACGUGCUCUACUUAUACUCACGAGAAACGGUGCAUUAG